CUCUCCACUGGGGAACUGACUGAUCGGAGUUUGGUGUUUGUGUGACGUCACUGUCAGCUGGUCAAUGUUUACGUCCAGAAUUGUGGCGACAUCUAUUGAAUGUUUAUGGGGGAAAACGAGAAGGUAUCAACAUAUUUUUUCGAAAUACAGUUGACACUAUAAAGCAGUGUCAAUUAUAUCGUCACAUCCAUAAGAGCGCUUCGUUGACGAAAUCAACAGAGACAAAGCGAGUCUGUGAGGAUGGGAGGAGCUGUGAGUGCGGGGGAGGAUAACGAUGAGUUGAUUGACAACCUGAAGGAGGCUCAGUACAUCCGCUCGGACUUGGUGGAGCAGGCCUUUAGGGCCAUCGACAGGGCCGACUACUAUCUGGAAGAGUUCAGAGACAGUGCCUACAAGGACCUGGCCUGGAGGCACGGCAACAUCCACCUCUCAGCACCCUGCAUCUACUCCGAGGUGAUGGAGGCCUUGGAUCUCCAGCCUGGCCUGUCCUUCCUCAAUCUGGGCAGUGGUACGGGCUACCUCAGCACUAUGGUGGGACUCAUACUGGGUCCAUUUGGAGUGAACCAUGGGGUGGAGCUGCACCAAGAUGUCAUUGAGUAUGCAUACCAGAAACUGGAGUUUUUCAUCAAGACCAGCGACAGCUUCGACAGGUUUGAGUUCUGUGAGCCCUGCUUCGUGAUGGGGAACUGUCUGGAGAUAGCCCCAGAGAGUGGUCCGUAUGACCGGGUGUAUUGUGGAGCUGGGGUGCAGCGGGAGCAGGAAGACUACAUGAAGAACCUGCUCAAAGUGGAGGGAAUCCUAGUGCUGCCAUUGGAGGAGAAGUUGACCAAGAUCACUCGAACAGGCUACAACAGCUGGGAGACCAAAAACAUCAUUGCCGUGUCCUUUGCCCCACUGGUGUUGCCCAAACACAGAGAUAACAGUAAACCCAAAGCAGUGCCUUUACCGACCAUGUUUGAGGUGCGGACUCUGCAGGACUUGGCUCGCAUCUUUAUCCGUCUGACGUUAAAGAAGACAGUGGUGGGGCCAGGGCCCUUGCCCAGGGGGUUGGCCCACAACGGGGAGCGACUCCAGCAGGCCCAACACUGUGGCUCCACCCUGCUCUCCAACCGCUACGUAUUCAUGAGCCGCCUCAUCCCCGGGCCGAUGGACGACGACAACAACCGCUCAGACGCAGAAGAGGAGGAAGAAGAAGGGAACUGCAGGAUUCGAGGAGAGCCUGAGGAAGAGGAGGAUCAGGAGGAAGAGGGGGAGGAGAGUAGGGAGGGCGGUGCCCUUCUACAUGAGGCUCCAGUGAACCUGCUCAGAGAAAGGAUCCUGAGCCUGCCGCUCCCUGAGCCUCUGAAGAUGUACAUGCUCCACUACAGAGAGAAGUAGGGAGGUACAGGAGACAAGAACCUGUGCUCCCAUUUUCUAACUUGUUCCCAUCCCUAUGCUCUUGAUUCCCCUUUCUGGAUACAAAAGUAAUUAAUGUGUAAGAAAUAGGCUGAUCACUCCACAGGAAUGGCUAAAAUGAGUUCCCAUCCGAAUUCAAAAUGUAAGCCCUAGAAACUUCAUGUUGAAGUGAAUAACUAGAAGAAUUGGAUAAGUAGAAGCAAUAUGGUAAUAGCUCCAUCUCCCCCUUCCCCGAUAGCCCAGGUACGCCUAUCUAAUCUACAGAGGUGCCUGAGGGGUAGAGGUCGAGGUUGGAAAAACAAGGAUUUAGAGAUUGAGAGCAUCCUUAGGGUCACCCCUACCCCUAGAAGCCCUCACCACCACCACCAGCCCCCUAGGACUAUUCCAACAACCCCUCUGAACACUAGAAAACUAGUCUCAUCCCACUCAAUGCCCCACCCAUGAACUUUAUCUCCCCUCUUUUGGGGUAUCUUGUCUUGUGCCUGACACUGGUACCCAGUCUCAAAGACCUUUCCUCCCUCUUUGAAUUUUGUAAAUGUGAUUUUUCUGAGAAUGAUGAUUUUGACUGUGACUGAACAAUUCAGGGGAGCUUUUGAGAUCAACUUACAAGAACUGAAAGCCCCAAAUGGUGUGGAAACAUUUGCUCAUUCUGUGUUCACAUCUGUAAGAUCUUCUCUGCAUUGAAUAUACUUGUUGAGAGCAGGAGUGACAAAUAAAAGUAAUUUAACUGAAGAGACCAUUUCUGUUAAGGCAAAUGUCAAGAGGGCUACAGGCAUGAAAAAAGUAUAUUAACACAUUUUUACACGGUAUAGCAAAGAAAUCACCACAUUGUCAAACAGCAUUACCCGAAAUUCACUCUCGUUUUGUGAAUUUCUUCAAUAUCAAAUAAUGGGAGACUGCAAAUGCCUUUGGACCGUAGAACACCUUUGGAUUAGGGGUAGAAAGUGAGUGUGGGAAAGCAAUUUACUAUUAGGUUCUCAAAGCAGAUCUGUAAUUAAAGUGGUAAAUAAUGUACAGUGGGGUCCAAAGAUAUUUGGACAGUGAUACAUUAUUUUGCCUCUGUACUCCAGCACUUUGUAUUUAAAAUUUUACAUAUAUAUAUACACACAAAAGUAUGUGGACGAGAGGACCCGCCGAGUACUGAAACACGUAGCGUGUAGAAAUCUUCUCCCCGGUUACAACACUCACUACGGAGUUCCAAACUGCCUCAGGAAACAACGUCAGCACAAUAACUGUUCGUCGGGAGCUUCACGAAAUAGGUUUCCAUGGCUGAGCAGCCGCACACAAGCCUAAGCUAACCAUGUGCAAUCAAGCGUCGGCAGGAGUGGUGUGAAGCUCGCGCCAUUGGACUCUGGAGCAGUGGAACGCGUUCUCUGAAGUGAUGAAUCACACUUCACCAUCUGGCAGUCCAACUGACAAAUCUGGGUUGGAAAAUGCCAGGAGAACGCUAGCUGCCCCAAUGCAUAGUGCCAACUGUAAAGUUUGGUGGAGGAGGAAUAAUAGUCCUCGGCUGUUUUUCAUGGUUCGGGCUACCCUUAAUUAAGUUCCAGUGAAGGGAAAUCUUAACGCUAGAGCAUACAAUUACAUUCUAGAUGAUUCUGUGAUUCCAACUUUGUGGCAACAGUUUGGGGAAGGCCCUUUCCUGUUCCAGAAUGAUAAUGCCCUCGUGCACAAAGUGAGAUCCAUACAGAAUUGGUUUGUCGAGAUCGAUGUGGCAGAGCCCUGACAACCCCAAUGAACACCUUUGGGAUACAUUGAAACGCCGACUGCGAGCCAGCCUUAAUCACCCAACCUCAUGUUUUUAAUGGCUGAAUGGAAGCAAGUCCCCGCAGCAACGUUCCAACAUCUAGUAGAAAUCCUUCCCAGAAGAGUGGAGGCUGUUAUAGCAGCAAAAGGGGGAUCAACUCCACAUUAAUGCCCAUGCUUUUGGAUGAGAUGUUCGACAAGCAGGUGUCCACAUGCUUUUGGUUAGGUAGUGUACAUUGAGGUUAAGGUGCUGGGCUGUUGGCUUUCAUUUGAAAGUAUUGUCAUCCAUAUCGGGUGAACGGUUGAAAUUAAAAUACUUUUUGUACAUAGUCCCCACCCAUUUUAGAGAACCAAAAGUAUUAGGACUUGUGUAUUAAACAGUCAAAAGUGUAGUAUUUGGUCCCAUAUUCCUAGCACACAAUGAUUACAUCAAGCUGUGACUCUACACACUUGUUGGCUGCAUUUGCAGUGUUUUGGUUGUUUCAGUUUAUUUUGUGCCCAAUAGAAAUUAAUGGUAAAUAAUGUAUUGUCAUUUGAGUCACUUAGAGUAAAGAAUAUAAUAUUUUUCUGAACCCUUCUACAUUGUGGAUGCUACCAUUGAUUACAGAUAAUCCUGAAUGAGUCGUGAAUAAUGAGUGAGAAAGUUAGUGGCACAGAACACAACCCCAAGACAUGCUGACCUCUCGCUAUUUCUAAUAACAGGAGAGGUUGGCAUUUUUUGUGGGCUUACAAUAUUUAUGCCUCAUUCAUGGGCACAAAAUGUGAAACCAAAAAAAAUGCAAAUGCAUCCAGAAAGUUCAGUCACAAGCCUGAUAUCAUUGCGUGGAAUAUGGGACUAAACAUUUGACUACUUUAAUGAGUGAAUUUUCCAUGUCUGGUCCCAUAAAAUGGGGGGGCACAGGGAAACGGAAGUACAAAAAGUCCUGUUAAUUCCAAACGGUUCACCCGGCAUGGAUGAAAUUACCCUCAAAUUAAAGCUGGCAGUCUGCACUUGAACCUCAGUCAUUGUAUAAUUUUAGUACAGAGCCAAAACAACAUGUCACUGUCCAAAUACAUUUGGACCUCACUGUGUGUAUCCACCUGUGAAGGAAUUUAAGCACUUAUUUGUCUACCAGUGUGAUGGACUGUGUGUUAUGCUCCGAUGCUGUUGAGGUAUAUAUAAAAAAAAAAAUGAAAUGUUUUGUCUGAUGUUCUCAGUGCCAAACUUAUCCAGCACUUGACGGGUCCAAAUGUGUCUUGCUGUUCAGUUCUACAUGUCAAAUUGUUAAUCGAAUAAACAUGUGUAUUUAGAAUAAAUAUCUACGUGUGACAAAAGUUGUAAGUUGAACUAUA